AUGGAGGCUACACAUGCAUCACAAGGGGCGGAAGCGUUGCUGGACAAGCUGCGCGAGUCCCGCCUGUCCUCCGACGAGCGACGCACCUCGCUCGAAGCUCUUCGACUCGCCUUGGACCCAAUUGUCGCCCCCAUCAUCUCCACCACAUUCGACAACGACGGAGCAUCUAUUUCUUUACUCGUCAGGGCAAUUCAGGACGGACCUAACGACGUACGUCGCGUAGCACUCCAGACAAUCUCAUCAGGCGUUGACAAGGUCGAGACGCCACACAUCUCACAAGCGACGAGCGAUGAGCUCAUGGCCGCGAUCGAGGCGCUACUGAAAAGCACACUGAAAAUUCAGAGCGGCAGAUCGAUGGGCACUCUUCGAAGUCGACCUCGCAUCGAUGUUUCGACCAUCUCUACAUCGUCACUGCGGGCUGCAGCCGCGGCCCUCAAGGCUAUUCACAGCCUCUUGCGCAUCGCACCUACCGACAAAUCCGCCGCGCGCGCGUCGGACACGAACAGUCUUCUGUCCGGACUGGGAGGUCUGCUCGAUGUAGUGGUCCCGUGCCUGUAUGCUGGGCUGUCGCAAGCUGGGCCGUCGAACGAGCCUGGAUUGCGCGCUUCUUCAGGGCUCCGGUCAGGCGCGCUUUCCUGGAUGGAACCGUCCAGACAGCCUCUGUCCCGCGCCAGGGGCGGUCAUACAUCGGCCGCAGAGACAGACGGCGAGACGGACCGCUUCAAUGCCUCCUCGUCGGGUGAGGCGGACCGGCGCAGCGAUAAAAGCGAGAGCGAGCGCAGCGACUUCUCCGUCGCCAGCUCGCGCAGUGCCUCGCGGUCGCGCAAGGACGAGUCACGCCAACACGACGCCACGUGCAGGCUCAUCCGUCAGAACGCGCUGCACUGCCUGGUGGAGCUGAAUCGGCGCCAUGCGAAUGCAAUCGUCGCACGCUGGACCGACCUGCUACCAGACCAGCUCGCACAGCCUGUCGCGGCCUCACGCGCUGUGAGCGGUGGCGUGGUGUCUCGACGAAGUGGUGUCGGCAGCUCGAUGGCGUUUUCGCUAUGCAGCUUGAUCCUUGAAGAUCCGUCGACGUCGGUGCGGCUUGCGGCAGUGUCGGCGUUGGAGAGCGUGCUGACGCAUGGCACGCGGCAGCUCUCCAUGGCCCAGGAACGUGCACAGCGCGCGCUGACAUUCACGUCGCUCUCGUCGCAGCUCGCGGGCUGGAUCGUCAACGUUCGGUCGUAUGUGGUGCUGGCGCUUCAGCGCGCUGCUAUCGCACCUCGCACUCCCGCCCGUGUGGAGGGCCAGGCAGACGGCGCCGGGUCAUUGUACCCAACAGCGCUUCUCACGGCGCUGUUGCGGCUCGCACGAACAUUCGUGACCAGCACGGCCCGAGCUCGACUCGUGGUCAAGAAUGCGGCGGUGCUUGCUGAGCCUGCUGCAGCCUUUGUGGCGCACAGCGAUCCGGAUGUGCAGACGGCGGCAAAGCGGCUGGUGGCAUCCCUUGCUGCAACUCAAGAUGCUGCCCCGGGGGCAAGUGCGAUCAGGCGCCCAUCCGGUGUCGCUGCUUCUGCAGAUGAGAUUGCCGAGGAUAGUGCCAAAUCCUCAUCGCUCGACAUGACGAUGCUGCUCGGCCAGAGCGAGGCACUCACCACCGCGCUGGCCGAACGUGCGCUGGACGCGCUCGAUCAAACCGCCGAGCCAAAUCUGGCCAUGUGGACGGCGCUCGUCAAGCGUCUGGCCGAGACUGCCUCGCCGGUCUUGACUGGUGCGACAUGCUCGCGCCUCGUCGUCGUCUGGCAGCGCAUCAGCUCGACGUCGCGAUCGGGGGAUCAGCAAUGCAGCCUGCUCGCGAGUGCGGCUGACCUCUUGCGUACACUCUCACGUCACACGGCACUGGAUGUGGAUACGGCCGAUGGCAUUCUAUCGUACGUGCAUACAUGCUCGCGCGAUCCGGACGAGGCGGUUCGCGCCGCCGCAGUGCGCAUGCUCGGCGUCGUCAUCCUCCCGCCCGACGCCUCCAACGCUGGCGAUGUGGAUAUGGCGCAAGUCGCGCAGGUGCUGCACAACGUGCUGUGGGGCGAAGGAGGAAGCGAGCGGGGGCUACUGUACGACACAUCGGGCCUGGUGCGGCAACGUGCCAGCUGGGCGCUUGCCAACUCGGUCGAGGCGCGUCUGCGCGGUGGCACUGGCGUUGCGGAUAGCCAGUGGGCGGAUCUGGCGCGGUACUGUGUGGCUGCGGGGCGAGACAUGGAGGGUGUUGCUGUCUCUGCGUGCCGCGCCUCGGGCAGUCUUCUUGCCAUGCUGCCGGCCACCGCGGGCGAGAACGAUCGGAUAGCAGGCGAGUUGGUCGACCAGCUGUGCCGCGUGCUGGGAGCGGGCGGGAAGCCGCCCAAGUCGCGCUGGAACGCCGCGUCGGCGCUCAGCCGUGCGCUUUCCUCGGACGCCACCGUGCUGCGUGUGCUCGCGUCGGGCGAGAAGCUGGAUCGGGUCACCGAGCUGCUGUGCCUCUCUCUCGACACCAAAGUCUUCAAGAUCCGGGUGAGCGCCGCGCACGCCCUGCUCUCACUCGUCGGGGCGGACGAAAGCCGACGGCUCGAGGUUCUCGGCACGCAGCGAUGCGCUCGUAUCCAAGGCAUAGCGCGUGCACGGCUGACGCAGCUUACCGACAGCCCUGCAUCGCAAACCAAGGAAGCCGGACUGUAUAGCGACGAGCUCCAACGUCUUCUUGAGCGCCUCGUCGCGCGGCUUUCGGCCAACACCCACUGA